UUUAUUUUCAUGUAGCAAUUGUACAACUCUCCAGUGGUACGAUAUGCUUUGACAUUGGGUUCAUUUCCGCUGGUCUGUUCCGGGCCUGAAUAAUAAUAUAAUGGACCGCAUACCAAUCGGGCAAGAACAUUAGGCUUAUCAAUUUAUGCUCUUUGUCCACGAAACUCUCUCGUAUUUACAUACGGUCUCCCACCGGACGACAUGCCUCAUCUUCUCUCCUAUGCAAUAUGCAUGUGGAAAGAAAGAAGAUUUUUCUCCAGUUCGUACGAUGCAGUUUGAGCUUCGUGAAUGAUAUUUUCGUAAGUGCGCUGUAAUGAAUAUGCAUACGAACACACGUGCAUAGGAGGAGUCUUUAGGGGAAAGGUGAAAGCAUCACUCGUCCUCCAGUUGUGAGACCUCUUCCGUGUUGGAUAUAGAGAGAGAGAGACUCUUAAAGAAUUGAUGUGCAAUAUCAACUUGUGGGAUGCAUAAAUUGGAGGUGAUACAAACACUGCAUAUUUCAUGGCAUUAAAUUACACAUGUAUUGGCAACAUUUUAAGCAUACAGUCGAAAUCUCGAAGGAUUAUGGACUAAUUUCCAAAGUGGUCAGGAACUGUUUUUGAUUUAAAUAUUUGAUGAUACACACGAAAAAAAACACGCUGCAUCGACGCAUUCGAUUCGAUUGACUGACUGACGGUAGAAAGUUCUAACGGACUGUUUCCAAUCUCGAUCGGAGGUCUCUGUUCAGAAUUUAUUGGGCAGACUGCUGGCCUCGAGGGCUGGGGGCAGGCAGGUAAAAAUGAGUGGAUAACUUAUUAUUAGAGUUUAUUGGAAGUUUUGCAUAAUAUAAUAUGCACGUCAUGGCUGUGAGUUGGCUAAUAAUGGUGGAGGGAGGGAGGGUGCACAGUCGUCCCACUUUCCCCCGACCCACACGUCGUCAUACUCGCUUGGAGCUGCUGCUGGUGGAGAAAGCCCGUCGUCUCAGUAGUUCCCCGUCCGACUCAGUCAGCACAAUUCCGUCUCCCAAAGUGAGACGAAGCAUUCCGCAGAAAAAUCUCAGUGAUGUGAACUUUCUGAGAAGAGUGAAACUGCUCACACUUAAAACCUCAGCAUUUGCAUAAUUCCUCCUUGUUGUCAAAUCAAAGUGAGAUAUUCUGGUUUACCGUCUAGUCGCAGGGACAAAAUCACAAUUCCUUGAUUUCACUCUGCGCUAUUUCUGGUGUCACAACAAGCCAUGAUUAAUGCUUGAAAGGCGUGCAACUUAUUUCGACUGGAUUACUGGAUUUUCCUAAGGGGAAUUUGAAUAAGUGUCAUUUCUUCUCCUGAAUAAUUCCUUCUUGUCCGCAUUCCCAAUGCCAGUGCUGGAUGAUACCUGUGGUGGGUCCGAUGGUGGCCAUGGUGGUGGGUGGUGGUGCAAAAGUGCUCAUGUCCCAUGCUGAUGAUAAUCUCAUUGACUGUGCAGCACACUUUGGAUUUCUCUGCGAAGGUUACGGCUAGCAUAGCACUUUCCCCCAGAUUUCCAUCUACAUAAUUCCUCCAGUAUUAACAACACACACACAAUGUCGAAGGAGCGGACGCAAGGGUGGUGUAAUGCUAAUAAUCCUUCUAACUGAUUCAUGCUUAAUGAUGUUCCUGGUCUUCCUCCUACAACUCAGAGGUUGGCUGCCAACCAGGUGUGUGAAAUUUACUGCAGCAACAAACGGACUAAAGGCUCUCCUGAGGAUUCAACUGGCCUGAGUUCUGAGCAGAAUCAAUUUAUCACCAGUGUAUAGUUGUCUCAUUAUCAUCUUCAUAGCCACCCCACACACCUUUCCUCCCUCCGUACGCUCCCAUUCCGUACGUGUCUUUGUGGCACUUGACCACCACCGACCAAGCGAGAUCAAAAAGAUAUUUCACUCCUUCCUCAUCCUUCCCCCGACCCACCACGUCUUUUAAGAGAAAGGAGCAAUCCAUCCGUUUAUGAUAUUUCUCAGCCCAACUCUGACAUACUCCACGAUACAGUUGGGUAAUUAAUUAGCCCAAUUAUCCCGGUUGUUUAUCGACUCUUUGAAAAAAGUGACGCCAACAGCGAACUAAACACUCAUUCAUGUUUUGCAAGUUACGAGUUGGCGUUCUGUCUGCAAAAAAUGUUAAUUUUCAAAGCAGAGUGAAAUAUCUGAGGGGAGAUCUCUGGAGGAAAUUUCUCUCUGAUUGAAACAGCCAUUGAUAAUUUAUUUGGUGUGGCAAGGCAGGCAGUUCUAAGCCUUCGUCGUCGUCGUCGUCGUCGUCAUUAGUUGGUGUUGAAGAAGAGAUUCAAUUACAGCGAGUUGGAGACAUUGGCUGCUCUGCCUGAUGAGAUGCUGAUGAAAGAGCAGAGAUCGGAGGCAAAGAAAACUUUUUUCUUUUGUGGUGGCGAGUAAUAAGUGAGACGGGGGAAAGUUGGGUGUUGAUGAAAUGAAAUCAGUCCGGCCAAAAAAGAGGAAUCAGUGAGUGAGUAGCAGUAGUGGCUGGAGGAGUUUUGUGAUAUGGAGCGUGGUCCUUGUGUGGUUUCCCUAAUGGAUCUUGCAAAUGUCGACUUUCUCCAACAAGGACAAGCCUGCGACUUUGUUCUUAAUCGAUCGAAUUAGCAAGUUAAUCUUCUCGUCACUUUUGCCACGCUUACAACAAAACAACUCACCCGUGACAUUGGACCUUCAUCGAUUGACUUAUUAUUCUUACUCGGGGGCACAAGCAACCAGUCAAAGAGUGAAAACACGUCCCCUUCAUACAUGCACACACAUCGUUCGUGGCGAUAGGGCUUUCGCCUUUCUCUCUGAGAGAGAGGAGAGACGUCGAGAGUGGAGAGAUUGGGUUCCUCCAGCUUUGAGAUUUUCCUGGUCUACCACCUUCAAUCUCUGAUCAAAUUGCUGCCAGAUAUUCACUCGCCAUUUUUCAGCGUGGUGGGACACUGAAUGGAAUCGAUAUUAAUAAGACGCUGCUUUGGUCUAGAAUGCAUCGGUGAAUGAAUUCCAAAAGACUGGUAAAAAGAGCUCAUGUACCCACGAGACAAACACAGUCGCCACCACAUAAUAUCCGUAUCGUCGUAAACAAGGAAUUCAAUCAGCUUUGUUUCAGCCGGAAUAAUCCGCAGCACCAGCCAGCCAGGAAGAAAAACAGGCGAGGAAGCAUUUUUGGUCUGGAAAUUCCAACCUGGAUCGUGGUCCCAUUUCGGGAGAUCGUGUGUGUGGUGCUGAAGUUCAAGUCACACGAGUCCGAACUACAUAGUUCAUUUCCAAAUAGUGAUGGGACAAACCACGGGAUAUAGUUUUAAGUGCAGAGUUGUUGUUUCACCAUGAAGCAGUUCUUAUGCUGGCUCACAUUAACGGUCGCUUGCUCUAAAAGGUCGCAUCUGCCUCGCUCGAGAGAGAACGUCGUGAUGGGCUAAGCAAAGUGAUGUGCUAAUUGUGCCACACUUUGCUCAUCAUGUAACAGAGUCGUAAAAUAAGAGGAAGCCAAUACUCGCUCAUCCAUGAAAAUUCCAUCAUCGUCAAGAUAAAGUGAAAGUCAGGCCACCAAAAAACGCACGGUGGUGACUAAACAGCUUUCACUCAGAAACAGGCAGUUUUUAUAUUCAUGCGUUUAAAACCCUUCGAAACAGACUAAUCGGACGCAGCAGCAAUAGGAAGUGUGAUGGGGAGUGGUCGUAAGGUUUGUGUCUGGUUCUUGGCAAAUUGUGAAGUUCAAUUGUGCAGCACUUUGGCAGCGUUGAGUAUUUUGGGGGUGGUUGUCGUGUGCCCAAUAAUGCUCGACCCUGCCAUCGACACGUUGAUCAGCUCAUUUGAGGAUGGCAUGUGUCAAACAGUGUACGCUCGCUACCUCACUGGGCUCUCGAAUUGUUCUUGGACUUCCUGUCGAGAAGGCUGCACUGCUGACAUUUAUUCCUGUUGGCAUAUCAUUGUGGUGUAUGUGAAAGGGACGCAGGUCGAGUUUGACAGUCGUCAGAGUGCCAAUGGCAGGGAUGAUGAGCAUCGUUCACACCUCCACCACGCCACCGAGGCGUCGUCGCCAUCGUCGUCGUCGUCCACCCUCGCACAAUUUCCUCCCCAGUCUCCCACCCCCCGCAGCAUGAGUGGGGAAUUACAGGCCGUGCCCACAAGCCCCGACAAGCUGGAGAAUGGGAGCAACACGAACCAUAAAAGAAAAUGGAUCUUGCCACCCUCCCAUAAUUUCGAACUAUACGAGUACAACAACUCCUUCAUUAGAAAUAUCGACGCCAAUUUGCAACUCAUGAUGGGUCAAAUCCAUACAAAUUUGGAAAUUGAGAGUCUCGGGGGUAGUUUGAUAAAUGUGACUGAAACCAAGUUGAUGAUGGGGAUCGGUGCCCUGCUUCCAAAUCCACAGGGGUGCGUCUACCCUUCUGAAAUCCUUUGCUCUGAGUUUCGCGCAAAAUAUGGGCAAGUUGGUGGCGAAGUCUUCCCCUGCUACCUCAGCAGGACCAACAGUACGAUGGUGGUGACGAGGGUGGACAUUGCAGGUGCGGUGCGCAAUAUCAUCUACUCGUUCCUCCCCCUCAUCGCAGCCUCCGGGGUGUUCACCUACCUUUUCUACCGCGUGGGUCUCAUUGGCAAGAAGAGGAGACGCCGAAGAAAGGAGCAGAAUGACGAAGAGAGCGGCGAGAGGGAUGCUGACAGCGAUGGCGGGACUCCUCAGAAGCAAAGCAGUGACGCCAAGGCCGCCGCACUCGCCAACGGAGCUCCUCCCGUCGUGAAAAAGAAGCUUCGCAAAAAGUUCCUGCCCAACCGAGAUUCGAGCAAAAAGCGAAGAAAGGGGAAAAUCUUCAACAAGAAUAAGUUACUCACCCUCAAGACUCAAUUGUCCGUCAAAAGUCCGAGCUCCUCUCGUAGGACGCCAAGCAUGUCGAUGGGAGCAUCAGCGUCGGACAGUAUUGGAACCGCCUAUGCCAACAACAACCGGACUUCUGUUCAGUUGGUGUAACGUAAUGAACAAUAAUAAAAGUGGGAUUGAUUCGAAAACCAAUUGGACGCCGGAAUUUGACGCCCGAGUUUUAAUACCAUUGACCCACGAGACAAGAUUGUUGGGUCGAGGUCACUAUUGACAAAAUAAAACUUAUUAACAACCAUGUGUGCACCAUUAUCAACUAUUUA